AUGGCAGAAGAUGGACGUCGCAGGCGACUGUCGCAGAGCACAUGGUCUCAGGCAGACGUCGAGCAGUACCUGGGGCAGAGUGCAAGGAGUGCACAGGAGAAGAGGGAGCAGGGUCAGGCCAACAAGGUCUCUGCAGAGAUCAUGCCCACUCCUCGAGCGCAAGAGGAGGUGGCGGACACGCUUCCUCCCGGGUUUCAGCUGUCAAAGAAGUGGGUAUCAGAUAUGUACUUCAAGCGGCAAGUCAGGAAAGUGAAGUUCAAUGAAGAGAACAGGAGGAGCGGGAAGGAGGAGGAGGAGGAGGAGGAGGAGGACCUGAAGGCGAGCGGUGGACGGCUGAUGGCGAAGAGUGAUGAGGGGAGGGAGGGGGAGGGGAGGGGAGGGGAGGGGAGGGAGGAGGGUGGUGGCAACCAGGAGGCGGAAAGCAGCGGGGAUGUGAGUUUGUACUCGGAAAGUGAAGGACGGCUCUCCUCCAAUGGCUCUGCUGAUGAUCAUUCCGAAGGAGAGGAGCGAGGGGAGGAGCAGGAGAGUGAGCAGGAGGAGCAAGACGGGCGAAACCAGCGGGGGGGGCGGGGGGAGCAGGGGGAGGCAGACGACGAGGAGGAAGAGGACGCAGCUUGGGAGGGGGAGAGGGGUGCCGACAAAGUGGACCAGAUGAGACGAGAGGGCAGCAGCUCUCAGGAGCCGAGGCAGGAGGACAGCGCUCUUUCAUUCAGUGCUGGGACGUGGAGCAGGGGCAGCGACAGGUGGCAGCUGCGAACGCUCAAGGAGAAGCAGCAGGGGGAGCAGGAGGAGACCGUGGUGGACUAUGGCGUCUUCCUUCGAUGGAUGAAUCAUCGGGACACUCAGGUUCCCCUCCACCCGUCAGGACUCCAGCAGACGGCGCAGGUCAAAAUCCCGCAAACUUGCUUCUUCCUCGAGGGGGUGACCAUCGCGUGGUACUUCACCUCAGCUACUACCAACGACGUCAGGAAGAAGAAGCGAGUCAACCUCCGCAAGAAGAAUGUGCUCGACGCGUUCUGCAAGGUGAACGAAUUCAUGCUGGUGGUGGUGGUGGUGGUGCUGGUGGUGCUGGUGGUGGUGGUGGUGGUGCUGGUGGUGGUGGUGGUGGUGGUGCUGCUGCUGGUGGUGGUGCUGGUGGUGGUGGUGACCUUCGACGGAUCUCUUGCCUGGAAUGUUCAGCAUCUCACCAAAGCUCAGCUCUCCCCGUUUCUGCAGAAAAUCGACACAGAAAAG